GAUGCUCCCAAAACGGCGGCGGGCGCGGGGCUCUUGUCCUGGGGGUUCCGCCGCUGCCGCUGCAGAGUGCCCCGUGCGUUUCCCCGAUGUCGUCAUCCACCUGGUGGAGUCGCGCAUGGGUCGCAGUCGCCGGGCCUUCCUCACGCGCCUGGCGCGGUCCAAAGGUUUCCGCGUCCUGGAGACCUGCAGCUCCGAGGUGACCCACGUGGUGAUGGAGCAGAUGUCCGCAGAAGAGGCUGGUCGCUGGCAGGAGUGCUGGGCAGCGGCCGCACCCCCGGGCUGCCCUUUCCCGGCCCUGCUGGAUGUCAGCUGGUUCACAGACAGCAUGACCGCGGGACAGCCUGUCCCCGUGGAGCAGAGGCACCGGCUGGAGGUGCCCAAGCCCAAGCCAGAGGAAGGACCCCAGGGGCCUCUGUGGCUGCCCGCCUAUGCCUGCCAGCGGCCCACGCCCCUCCAUCACCACAACACUAUGCUGUCGGAGGCCCUGGAGACCCUGGCAGAGGCAGCCAGCUUUGAGGGCAGUGAAGGCCGCUUCCUGUCCUUUCGCAGAGCGGCCUCGGUGCUCCGGGCCCUGCCCUGCCCCAUCACAGCGCCGAGUCAGCUACAGGCACUGCCCCACUUCGGAGAACAUUCCUCCAAAGUCGUCCAGGAGCUGCUGGAACACGGGCUGUGUGAGGAGGUGGAGCGUGUGCGGGGCUCGGAGAGGUUCCGGACCAUGAAGCUCUUCACCCAGGUCUUCGGGGUAGGGGUGAAGACCGCUGACCGCUGGUAUCAGGAUGGCUUGCGAAGCUUGGAUGACCUCCGUCAGCAUCCCCGGACACUGACGUCACAGCAGAAGGCUGGGCUCCAGUACCACCAGGACCUGAGCUGCCCAGUCCAGCGGCCAGAUGCCGAGGCCCUGCAGUGCUUGCUGGAGGUGGCUGUGGGGCAGGCCCAGCCUGGGGCUACUGUCACACUGGCCGGAGGCUUUCGGAGGGGGAAGUUGCUGGGCCACGAUGUGGACUUCCUCAUCUCGCACCCCACGGAGGGCCGGGAGGCUGGGCUGCUGUCCACAGUGAUGCAAAGCCUGCAGGACCAGGGCCUGGUUCUGUACCACCAACACCAGCCCAGCCGCUGCGGGGACUCCAGGCACCUGCUCUGGCAGAGCCACACCAUGGAUGCCUUCGAGAGGAGCCUGUGCAUCCUGCGCCUGCUGCAACCGCAGAGAGCUGCCGCUGGGAGCCCCUCGGGGCCCGGCCCAGCCUGGAAGGCCGUGCGGGUGGACCUGGUGGUGGCCCCCAGCAGUCAGUUCGCCUUUGCUCUGCUGGGCUGGACUGGCUCCCAGCUGUUUGAGCGGGAGCUUCGCCGUUUCAGCAGGAAGGAGAAGGGGCUCUGGCUCAACAGCCACGGGCUAUUCGACCCCGAGAAGAGAGCCUGCCUGCCCGCGGCCACCGAGGAAGACAUCUUCUGCCACCUGGGCCUCCGUUAUCUGCCCCCAGAAGAGAGGAAUGCCUGAGCCUGCCCUGGUGACCUGAGCACGCCCCACCUGCUGUGUGUGCGGAGGGGGGGAGUCCCUGCAGAGCCAGCCUCACUCCUGGCCCUUGGGCUCCUGCUUUGGUGACCCUGAGCACUCCCCACCUGUUGUGGGGGACCCCACAGAGCCAGCCUCACUCCCGGCCCUUGGGCUUCUGCCCUGGCCAGGGACCAGGUCGGCUCCUGGAGCACAGCGAGUGGCCCCUGUGGCUGGCGUCCCCACCUGGGCUCUGCUGUUCUUGGCACAAGCCACCUCUUGUCCCCACCUGCUCGCCGUGGCAGUUCCUAGCUAGGAGCCUCAUGAGCCUGCUCGUUUCUGCCCAGCCUGUGGCCUCAUCUGCAGCUUGCUUGGGUGUAGGGGAUUGCCCCCCGAACCAGACCACCGGAUGCCUGAGAGACCCGAGUCACGUUCUGGGCAGACUGAAUGCUGCCAGGAAGCAGUCUUCCUGCUGGGACUGCGACGACCUCGCUGGCCAAGCAUGAUUGGGACGCGUAACACCUCACCGCCUCUUAGUGCUGGUGGCCCGGCGUGUCUGAGUACUGAGAUUCUGAGAUGUUCCUUUUCUUGUUCAUCUGUUUGUUUACCAUAUCAGUUUCUGUAACUCAUGUUUGCUGUACUGUUACCAUAAAGCCUGGUGAUUUUUGCCCAA